AUGCUCGCGGGACCUCGUGGUUGGCUGCGGCGCAAUCGAAAUGCCCUCUUCCUCGGCGCCGGGGUCGUCGGCGCGGGUUAUCUGGCGGGACAAUAUGUGUUGGGAAAGAUCUCCGAGGCGAGGCAGCGGAUGAGUGAGGAGAAGCGAGCCAAAGAGAACCUUCGUCGCCGCUUCGAACAGAACCAAGAAGACUGCACCUAUGCCGUCCACGCCUUACUUCCCACCCUGAGAGAUGAAAUCGUCGCUGCUCUCCCCGUCGAGCAAAUCACCGAGCAGCUCCAACAAGAAAGGCAGGAACGAUUGAGGAAAUUGGGCGCAUCCGAAGCCGCAUCCUCGGAAUAUCCCUCGGCGCCGCCCAGUACGGUGGGGGAUGAUGGCCGGAGUCUGGCGGGAAGCUACAUCCACGCCAGUCAGGUCGGACAAGGCAGCACAGAUGGAUCUCAAUCAUCCCGACCCAAGAGAAGCAAGGCACAGCUAUGGCAGGACAUGAAAAUCCACUCCAUCACCCGGGCGUUGACCCUGAUCUACACCCUGUGUCUCCUCACUCUCCUCACACGCGUCCAGCUCAACCUCCUCGGACGACGAACCUACCUUUCCUCCGUCGUGGCAUCCGCCGCUGCGCCAUCAACCACACAAUCCACCAUCUCUCUGGAAAACAAGGAUGAUGACAACUAUGACAAUGUCUACGGCAAUGACUUUGAGACGAAUCGAAAAUACUUCACCUUCAGUUGGUGGCUCCUCCAUCGCGGAAGUAAGAUGAUUAUGGAAAGAGUCCAGUCUGCUGUAAAGGACGUGUUCGGAGGCGUCAACAUCCGCGAGGAUAUCUCUCUCGAGCGACUGGCAGAUCUGAUCAUGCAAGUCCGACGAAAAGUCGAAGGCGAAACGGAGCAUCAACGACGAAGCAUGAAAUGGCUCUCCUACCUCCUCCCACCGCAAGAGGAAGAAACUUUUGUCAUCCGCCGGUCAGGAAUGUCUUCCGAUUUGGAUGAGAGCCCUUCACCAGACCGCGUUGCCGAGGAUCUCAUGUCUGAGGCGGAAAUAAUCACGCCUUCUUUGAGAAGAUUGCUCGAUGAAACUUCCGACCUCAUCGAUUCUCCCACCUUUUCCUACGUCCUCACAAGACUACUGGAUGCCGCAUUCUCCCAUCUCGUAGACUACAAAAUCGCCACGGAAGCUUUCAAAGCUCCCGCYCCAGGAGUGGAACAGCCGCGAAUCGUGGAGGUAUCGGAGGAAACRACGACGAAAUGUAAAGUUGCACAUGUCCUCCCCGUGUUUUGCAAACAAGCACAUGCCAUCUCCGCUGGAAGUGGGGAACUUGAUGCCAUUGCUGGAAUCGCCGCGCAGGAAACGCUAGGAAAUGAAUAUCUAGCCGUGAUUGAUCAAGUGAGCGAUUUGAAUGCCUUUGCAGCGGUCAUCUAUUCGAGUAAUUUCGAGUAUGAAGUUGCGGAGCAGCAUGUGGAGAGGGGUUCAUCUUCGAGACAGCAGCAGGGGAGGGGAUGGGAAGCGAGUGCAGAGCAGAGUGUGGUGGGAGAUCUAGAAGAUGUGUUGGACGUCGCGGGAGAGAACGGGUUGAUGGAGGAGAGUGAUUUGGUGGUUCUGGAGCAAGGGAAUGCGGUAGCGGACUUGGAGGCCGAUGAUGGGAUGCCGGGGAGUUUGGAGCAGGCUUGGCGGAAUGCYACGUUGAGUGCUCCGAGUGCUGAUGAUGAUCGAGGGGUAGAGGRGAGUGAGGAGAGAAGUCCUCCUCCUCCUCGGCCUUUGAUUGUUGAAGAGGAGGUUUCGCCGGCAAAGGACGUACAUCAAGAGGUGGCUCCUAUGGCUGCUGCUGCCGUCGUCGUGGACGAGGCACAUCCUCCUGUCCGCGAGGAGCCAGCCGUCAUGACUGCUGCUACGGAGGAGGGACUGCCUCUUCCCGUUCCUGUACCGGAUGACGAUGUGCCAAGCAAGGAUGAGAAUACUCUGAAGCUACAAUGA